AUAGAAAAAAAAAAGGCCUCCCUCUCUCCCUAUCAAUCUGUUUUUUGUUUGUUUGACCCAUCCAUCCAUCCACGCCGCAAUCAAGAAAAAGGCCUCUUUCUCGCUCUCUCUCUUCAAACCAACACUCGAUAAUCUCUCCCCCCUGCUGUUGUUCUCUUUGGUAAUUUGAUGAAUGCAGUUUCCUUCUCUCAUACAUCCACAACAAAAGUCUUUUCUGGGAUUCUCACCACGAUGAGGAUGAGAAAUCUGGUGAUUGGGUUGCUCUUCCUCACUGUCUUGUCUCCCAUUCUUCUUUACACUGAUAAAUUAUCCUCCUCCUUUACCCCUUCCUCUUCUAAACAAGAAGAUGUUAAUGCUUUUACUCUCCCUACUGAUACCAGACAUCUCAAUGUGUUGCCCCAGGAGGAAUCAUCGACCGUGAUUAAAGAACCCAUUGGAAUUGUGUAUACUGAUCACAUCAACUCCUCCUCCAAUACCAUUCUGACUGAAAAAGAUUUGCAGUUGCCUGAUGCAAGAGAACAUAUAUAUGCUAGAGUACUAUCUGCCACUGAUGAGGAAGGUCAUUCUCAAACCGACAAUAUCAUCAAACAGAUCAUUCAGACCACUAAUCAGGAAGAGGAGGAAUCCCAGUCAGACAACCGAAGUGAUCAGGAAAGCCAACAGAAAACUCAAGUUCAGCUUGAACAACAAUCUGCUGUAAACUUGGGCGACGAUGAUGAUAAGGAUGCUCUGUUAACUGAAACCAAUAAACAGACAGAUCAAAAAGCUAUGCCAGAUGCUCGGGUGCGGCAGCUGAGAGAUCAGCUUAUCAAGGCAAGGGUGUACCUGUCCCUUCCGGCAACAAAGAAUAAUCCCCACUUUACAAGGGAGCUUCGAAUGCGGGUAAAGGAAGUUCAACGUGUACUUGUAGAUGCAACUAAAGAUUCUGAUCUGCCAAAGAAUGCCUAUGCGAAAUUGAAUGCAAUGGACCAAUUGCUGGAAAAGGGCAAGCAAAUGCAGGAUGACUGUGCUGUUAUGGUAAAGAAGCUCCGGGCAAUGCUCCACUCAACAGAAGAGCAACUCCGAGUCCAUAAGAAGCAGACCAUGUUCUUGACGCAACUAACUGCAAAGACGCUACCUAAAGGUUUGCACUGUCUUCCGUUGCGCCUGACAACGGAGUAUUAUAAUUUGAAUUCUACUGAACAGCAAUUUCCAAAUCAAGAGAAAUUGGAUGACCCUUCACUUCACCAUAUUGCACUAUUCUCGGAUAAUGUUUUGGCAGCAGCAGUGGUUGUAAACUCCACCAUUACCAAUUCUAAGCAUCCUUCGAAGCUUGUUUUCCACAUUGUUAGUGAUAGACUCAACUAUGCAGCUAUGAGGAUGUGGUUUCUAGUAAAUCCACCUGGUGUAGCCACUAUUCAGGUCCAGAACAUUGAAGAAUUCACAUGGUUAAAUUCAAGUUAUAGUCCUGUACUGAAGCAGUUGGGUUCUCGAUCAAUGAUUGAUUAUUACUUCAGGGCAGCUCGCGCCAGUUCUGAUUCGAAUUUGAAGUACCGGAACCCAAAGUACCUGUCCAUCCUGAACCAUCUUCGCUUUUACCUGCCAGAGAUUUUCCCAAAGCUCAACAAGGUGUUAUUCUUAGAUGAUGAUAUAGUGGUGCAGAAGGAUCUUACUGGCCUUUGGUCCCUUGAUUUGAAGGGUAAUGUGAAUGGAGCUGUAGAGACCUGUGGAGAAAACUUCCAUCGUUUUGAUCGAUAUCUUAACUUCUCAAAUCCUCUUAUCUCAAAGAAUUUUGAUCCCCGUGCUUGUGGAUGGGCAUAUGGAAUGAACAUCUUUGAUUUGAAGGAAUGGAAGAGGCAAAACAUUACUGAUGUAUAUCAUACAUGGCAGAAGCUGAAUCAUGACAGACAAUUAUGGAAGCUGGGGACUCUGCCACCUGGCCUCAUUACUUUUUGGAAACGGACUCACCCCCUCGACCGACGUUGGCAUGUUCUGGGCCUCGGCUAUAAUCCCAAUGUGAGCCUAAGAGAAAUUGAACGAGCAGCUGUUAUACAUUACAAUGGCAACAUGAAACCAUGGCUUGAAAUAGGCAUACCCAAGUAUCGAAGCAACUGGGCAAAAUAUGUUGAUUAUGAUCAUGCGUAUUUGCGAGAGUGCAAUAUCAAUCCAUAAAAUAUAGUCCUCAUGGUGUCAUCCAUUCAUUAGAGCUCCAUGCAAAUGCUGUGCCAACAUUUUACAGGUCCACAUCACUUUGUUGGCUCUUCCACAUCCUGUGCCAACAUUUUUACAGGUUUGCAACACCUUGUAUGUUCUUUCGUAAUCUAAGUAGAAGCUGAUCGAGUGUAAUUCUUUAUGUAUGCAUUUUUUUCUUUCUUUUUUGGAUGGUAGAUUGAGGCCACCAUGCAUGUUAGUUGAUUUUGGUACCUUUAUUACAUACCUGCAAAUUAGCAGCUGUAUUUGUAAAUGAUCGCAAACUAAAAGAAGAAAAGAAAUAAUAAUCUUGAGUUUACAUCCGUGUUCU